CGUGGCGUCACCAAAGGUCCUUAGGCUGCUAGAAUCUAUCUCCUGUGGAUACAUAUAGUACAGGGCUGUGUAUAAUAUGAACAUCUUACAUAAGUAGGUCCCAGAUGUUACUUCACAAGAACAUGAGUUGUGCCUAAACCACCAGACAACGAUGGACAAAGACACGGAACCCAUGACUGAGAGAAUAUUAAAUGUCACCCUAGAGAUAAUCUAUCUGCUAACGGGAGAGGAUUAUAUAGUGGUAAAGAAGGUAUCUGAUCAGGAUGAAGGAUGGGAGAGGACUCCUAUCCCCAUCAUGGAGCCUCAGACUCACUCACUAAUAAAUGAAAAAAGCAAUGAGCAGAAGGUUCUAGAAAUCGCCAACAGAAUCAUUCAUCUGCUGACUGAGGAGGUUCCUAUAAGAAGCCAAGAUGCAGCUAUCCAUUUCUCCAUGGAGGAGUGGGAAUAUUUAAAAGAGCACCAGGAUCAGUACAAGGAUGAGGGUGGAUGCAUGAGGAGGGUCAUGAUGGAGAAACACCACCUUUUCACAUCUUCAGAACAAAAUCCUCCAGCAUCGAUGUCUCCUCAUAGUUUUCUUUACAAGACAAUAGUAUUCACUUUAGCCAAUCCAUCAUAUAAUGGCAAAAACAAGACUGAGAUUAUAUUAAGCCUCUUCAUGGAGAUUAUAUACCUGCAGACUGGAGAGGAUUAUGCAGUAGUGCAGAGGACAUCUGGUGAGUGUCUGACCUCCAUCAGUCGAGCCAAUGUAUCAGGAAGAUCAAACAGAAUUCAGAGUACCAUAAUGGUGCCUCCAUCUCAUUUACUGAUAAAUGAGAGAAUCAAUAAGCAGAAGAUCCUGGACCUCACCAACAAGAUCAUUGAGCUGCUGACUGGAGAGGUUCUUAUAAGGAGUCAGGAUGUCGCUGUCUAUUUCUCCAUGGAGGAGUGGGAGUAUAUAGAAGAACACAAGGAUUUGUACAAGGAUGUCGUAAUGGAGAAUCACCAGUUCUUUAUACCACUGGCAGAUGACUGCACCGAACUCUCAAUGGUACAUCUUUUAUUUCCAGAUUGUGAAGCAGAACCUAAAGAUAUCCCUCACCAUACUUCUGGUGAUUACUUUAUUACCCCAAACAUAGCCUCAUUCCUUCCCAGUAGACAUCUAACAUCUGAUCCCAAUAAUCACAAGGAACUUUCAUCUGAUCAGUCACAGACUGUUACAAAAGCUGCAUCUCAUAGAGAAGAUAAAAUAUUUUCAUGUUCUGAAUGUGGGAGACAUUAUAAAAAUAUAUUUAAUCUUUCUAUGCAUAUGAGAGUACACAGAAACGAGAGACCAUUUUCAUGUUCAGAAUGUGGGAAAAGUUUUACUAAGAAAUCAAUUCUUAUUGAACAUCAAAGAGUUCACACAGGGGAGAAGCCAUAUUCAUGUUCGGAAUGUGGAAAAUGUUUUACCAAGAAAUCUGCAGUUGUUGAACAUCAAAAAACUCACACAGGAGAGAAACCAUUUUCAUGUUUGGAAUGUGGAAAAAGUUUUACCAGAAAAUUAAUUCUUAUUGAACAUCGGAGAAUUCACACAGGGGAGAAGCCAUUUUCAUGUCCAGAAUGUGGGAAACGUUUUAUGGUGAAACAUCAUCUUUGGAGACAUCAGAUAACUCACACAGGAGAUAAACCAUUUUUAUGUUCAGAAUGUGGAAGAGGUUUCUACAGAAAAUCACAUCUUGAGAGACAUCAGAGAACUCACACAGGAGAGAGGCCAUUUGCAUGUGCAGAAUGUGGGAAAUGCUUUACUAAGAAAUCAAUUCUAGUUGAUCAUAAGAGAAUUCAUACAGGGGAGAAGCCAUUUUCAUGUUCAGAAUGUGGAAAGUGUUUUGUGGUCAAACAUCAUCUUGAAAGACAUCAGAUAACUCACACAGGAGAUAAACCUUUUUUAUGUUUGGAGUGUGGGAGAAGUUUCUCCAGAAAAUCACAUCUUGAGAGACAUCAGAGAACUCACACAGGGGAGAAGCCUUUUACAUGUACAGAAUGUGGGAAAUGCUUUACCAAGAAAUCAGUUCUUGUUGAACAUCUGAGAAUCCACACAGGGGAAAAGCCAUUUUCAUGUUCAGAGUGUGGGAAAUGUUUUAUGGUGAAACAUCAUCUUGAGAGACAUCAAUUAACUCACACGUCAGAUAAGCCAUUUAUAUGUUCAGAAUGUGGGAAAUGUUUUGCCGGAAAAUCAUAUCUUGAGAGACACCAGAGAACUCACACAGGGGAGAAGCCAUUUUCAUGUACAGAAUGUGAGAAAUAUUUUACCAAGAAAUCAAUUCUUAUUGAGCAUCAGAAAACUCAUACAGGAGAGAAGCCAUUUUCAUGUUCAGAGUGUGGGAAAUGCUUCAUGGUAAAGCAUUAUCUUGAGAGACAUCAAGUAACCCACACAGGGGAGAAACCAUUUACAUGUUCAGCAUGUGGGAGAUAUUUUGCCAGAAAAUCAAAUCUUGAGAGGCAUCUGGCAACUCACAUAGAGGAGAAACAUAUUUGAUAUUCAAAAUCUUUUAUCUACAUGAAUAUGAAUAUUCAUUUUUAUAUUCACUGUAUGCAUUGAAUCCCCACUAUAGUUUCUGCUAUGGGAUCUGCAAAUUGAGAAUUCCCUCAAAUUUACAAUUAAAAAGUGUCAUGAAAUAUUUAUUGUUUUAAUGAUGUGGGAAAUCCCUGCGUUGGCUUGUGGCAAAAAAAAGACCAACAAAAUGCAUAUAGAUUAGGAUUCUCCCCGUAGAAGUCAGCAGAACAUAGAAAUACUGAAUCUUAAAAGUAUUGGCCAGGAUUUUGAUAUUGAUAGCCUAUCCUCAGGAUAGGCCAUCAAUACCAGAUUGGUGGUGGUCUGAUACUCCACCCCCUUCCUGAUUGGCUGUUACCCUGUUGCUCUGGUGUCGGCAACUGAACAGCUCCAUCUGUUGUGUAGUGGACAUAGCUGGUAACUACAUUGAACUUCCCACUGAAGUGAAUGGGAGCAGUUAUGCAGUUACCAGCUCCAUCAACGAAACAAUGGAUAGAGCUGUGUAGUUCCGGCACCAGAGCUGUAAGCCAACAGCUGAUAGGUGGGAUGUCGGACUCCUACCAAUCUGAUAUUGAUGGCCUGACCUGAGGAUGGGCCAUGGGUGUUUAAAUCCUGAACAACCCCUUUAAAGAAAUCAUAUAGAAGAUGGAUUGAAGUUGGUGGAAUGUUCUACACUCAGCUGAUGUCUAUGGGUAGUAUACUGAUCAGUGGUGUACAAAAUAGAAAUCCAUAUUUUUAGACUUCAUGGAAGAGAAUACAGAGCCAUCAUUUAUUUUUUUUCUACUGUGAAGUAAGAGAAUUUACUAGUGAAGAGAUGUCUAGCACCACAGAUCCUUAGCAUCCCCUUCAAACACCCAGCAACAUUACUAAUACAGUUGUUUCUUCCCGAUAAUUGCCGGCUUGUCAGAGAAAAUGAGAGAUACAUUUACAUGCAGCAAUCACCUCCAAUGUAUGAGGAAGAAAGAUCUCUUGUGCAAUCACUUGUCCCAAUAACUGUUUCUGAGCAGCAGAUUGCUGUUCAGACAGCAUAAUCUGCUGACCAUGAAUGAUGGUUUAGGUGACCGCAUCAGCAAUGUUUUCACCUGAUGAACAAGCAUUUGCUCAUGGCACCUUUACAUAGGAACGCUCAUAAUUGCCCCAAUUUUUGAUCUGUGUAAAGGGGCCUUUAACACUCGGUCCACUAGCAACCCCAGCAGAUCACAUUUUGGAAUUACCAUGUGGUAAUGACUGAUGCACUGACAGUAAAGAAACCUGUGAAGACGAAUUCCUCAAUACAUAAUCUAUUGGUGGUAGUUAAGGACAGGAACUGAAUUAAUCAUCCCAGGCCCUGAUUUUGCAGAGAAAGUGGGUGGAGUUUCAUUACAUUAAGGACAGCCAGCAGAUUCUAUAGACAAUUAAAGGGGUUCUCCAGGAAUUAAUGAAAAUG